AUGUGUCGCAAAGCUGCUGAAGGUGCAGGGGGCCAUGCUGACUGGCAGGAAGACCAGGACGAUAGCGAGAGUGUUGGCUCAAUUACUGUCGAGGGCCUGGCUCCGCUCAACACCUUCCAGCAGAAAGGCUUGGAUUUGGCCUUGAAGGAGCCCCUUGCCUACGUCCAAGGCCCACCUGGCACGGGAAAGAGCACCGCGGCAGCUUAUCUUAUCUGCCACUUCUUGCGACGGCUGAGAACGUACCAGAAGGGACGUCCAGAAGGACCGAUGCUGCUCGUUUGCUGCCCAUCCAACAAGGCCUGCGAUCGGCUGUUGCAGUUGCUCUCGCGCACGAACAUCGCGGACACUGUCCGGAUCGUUCGGGUCUAUGCGACAUCCAUCGAGCGGUCAUACUGGUCGCAGCCGAAUGCACAGUUUCGCAGGGACUACCAAAUCGACCCGACUUUGUGCCAAUAUGCUCUGCACGAGCAAGUGAAGAAGGAGGAUCCGGAGCUCUUCCAGUGCUUCCAGGACAUGGCAUCCCAGCUACAAGAUGCGGGUGUCCGCAAAGACAUGCUCUCGGAGCGGCUCAAGCUGCACGAGAAGCUUCAAGAGGCCAGGCAGCAAAAGGACAGGCUAUCCAAGAAGCUGCUCAAGCAGGCCCAUGUGAUUUUCACUACUUGUGACUGUGCAACCAACGACAAGCUCUUCGAGAAGAUGACUUAUCCAGCAGUCGUCAUCGACGAAGCUGCACAGGCGGUGGAGUUCGAGCUCGCCAGCUGCUGUGUUCUUGCAGAGGACCACUUGGCGCUGUUCGGGGACCACUUGCAGCUUGGUCCCGUUCUGACGGAGACCACCCUCUUUCCAGCCUUCAGGCGGAUGUUCACCAGAUCACUCUUCGAGCGUGUUGUCUCGAAGCGGCGGGACCAGAACACGUCCUCGGGAAUUCCACAUGUCACACUCAAAAGGCAAUAUCGUAUGCAUCCGUCGAUCAGUUGGUUUGCCAGCGAGGAGUUCUAUGAAAACGAGCUUGUGAAUGCUCCGGAAACUGCCCGUGACGGCUUCACCUUGCCUUCAUCGUCAGACUCACGGCUUGUGGUCGUGGACGUGACAGGGCCUCACGGCCGCCGUACAGUGGCCCCGGAGGGUGAUGCGGUGCUCGACUACGAACACUCCCUGUGCAACCCUGCAGAGGCUGCUGUCGUUGUGGAUUACGUUCGCUGGCUGCUGAAUUUGGGCGUGGAGAGUGCCAGCAUCGCCGUCAUUACGCCUUACCGGGCACAAGCAGCUCUGAUUACAGAGCAGCUGGCCGAAGUCUCGCCCAUGCCGACGAUUGGAACAGUGCACCUGCUUCAGGGCGAGGAACGUGAGUACGUCGCGCUGUCCCUUGUCCGGAGCUUUGCAGAGGCAGACACAGAGGUGUUCGACCCUGUGCCUGCCUCGCUGCGGCGAGCAGCUGGGCACCAGCUGGGCUUCUUGAAAGACCGGCGACUUGCGAACGUGGCACUGACCCGGGCGCAACUGGGCCUCCUGGUCGUCGGCAACAUGCAGGUGCUCUCGGGAGCAUCGCAUUGGAAGCACCUGGUCCAGCAUGUGAAAGGGGAGCAUGUAAAUGCGUACUGGACGGAGGCAGAUGCCCGACACUUCUUGAAGACCAGCAACUUCAGCGAACCAAGUCGUGGUGCAGGGUGUUGGGAGCAGGAUGCUGGCAUCAGCGGCUCAGAGUCCGAAGGUGGGGAUCCUCAGGAUGUCUCGGGAGGUGACGAGGAGGAGCAGGACCCUGACGACGAGCCUGAUGCCUUUGAAGAUCCGGUUCACUCUGCCAGCGAAGAAGAGAGUGCUAGAGAUGCACCGGUCGCUCCACGAGCAGUGGCGAGCAGACAAAGGCGAAAGGGGAAGAAGAAGAGGACUAAGCAGGCAGCUCCGCCACCACGGAGUGACAGUGGGAAGGAAGACAAGGUGCUGGAAGAUGCGGCGGCCGCCUCGGAGUGUGUGGUGCGAAGCUGUCGGAGGAGGCCGCACAGGCAUUCGCCCUUUGCAUCCCAGCACGGCCUCUGUGCUGAGCAUUGGGCUGAGAUGUUGAAGGAGAGGGACAUCUUGCAGCGAGACUUCAACGGAGGCACUUUGCUCGACAGAUUUUUCUCGCCGCAUUACUGGGCACCACCACCUCCAAUCCUGCUGAAAGAGAAGCAUUACAGCAGGCCAUUCUUUGCGCGGCUAGUAUGCUUCCUCGACGACAAGCGACCGAAGAACAGACUCUUUGCAUCAUACUUUUUCCUCUUGAGCGUCUUCGCCAUGGAGCAGAGAAGCACAGCAGGGCAGCUUCCGGCGAGGUUGGCAUCCUGGCGGGAGGAAUUCCCAGUGGUGGGCCCCCUUUUUGCAGUCUUCGCUCUCGCCGACUGCAUUACCUUGGGCGAUCUUCCAGAAGAGCUGCAGGCUCGCUGGGGCCGUGUUGAAGACUCCUGGCAGAAGUCCCUCCGCAACUCCUGUUCCCCUGGCUCUGCCGUGAGUCAAAACGACAUCAACAGCGAGCAUGGCGAGGAUGUAUUGGCCAUCGUAGCAUUUUGGAAGCACGAAGGCAACGAGUGUCUCAAGAAGACGGACUUGCGUGAGGCAGAAUCAUGCUACAGUGAAGGCACCAAGCUGAUCAAGGAGUUGCCGCCAGACUUUGUGGCAGAUGCCAUGGUUUCGAAGGCUAUGGAGCUUGAGGCAGAUCUGCUGAACAACUUCGCGCUCGCUUUACUAAAGAUGAAUCGACCGCAUGACGCCUUUCCGUUGGCUACCGAAGCUCUGGAGAUCUUCGAAGAGUUAGGGCCAGGUCACACUGCCAAGCGCGUGAAGGCUCUCUAUCGCUGCGGACGUGCCUGCAUGGUCCAGGGAGACUGUGGAAGGGCACGCGGCUUUUUUACCGAAGCUCUGCGCCUGGAUCCGGCCAACGACGAGGUUCACAAUGCCAUCCGCUCGCUUGGUCCGCCGGUGUUCUCAAGUUGUGUUGCCGUGAGUCCUGAGCUCGGCAGCCAUUUUACGUGGCUCGAGUGUCCGGGCUGGUGGUCCAAUGGGCGGCAAGGUCGGCAAAGCAUGCUGUGCCAUAACUGGCAGGAUGCGAACCACGUACUGCCGCCAGUCGCCGACAAAGACGGGAGGAGAGAGGAGACCUUGGAGUGGCUGAAUGAGCUCGUUGCACAGCUAUGGCCGAACAUUAACAAUGCGGUCCAGAAGAUCGUUCAUGAGCAGGUCACACCGCAGCUGCAGGCGAGCCUCCCAAGCUUCUUGAAAGGCACACACUUCAAGACCUUCACGCUUGGAACGAUCACCCCGAAGUUUGGGCCGAUCGAGCUUGUCAGCCGCCAGCACGGGUUGAAGCUCAACCUGAACUUGGACUACGAGUCGGAUGUUGACAUCGAAGUCUCUGCCGUGAUCGCUAGUAUUGGGAUCAAGUCCAUCCGCUUGCGCGGGGAGCUGGUGCUCAGACUGGAGCCACUGAUCCAUGAAACUCCGGUGGUUGGCGGCAUCACCGUCUUCUUCAACGAUCCGCCAGAGCUGGGCCUGGACUUCACCGGGAUAGCCAACCUGGCAGAUGUGCCCGGCAUUGCAGGCAUAAUCCGCCACCAAAUCAAUGCGGCCAUCAGCAAUGCCAUGGUCCUGCCAAAUGUCAUUGCUGUGCCCAUAGCAACACCGGCGCAGGGCGUCGACAUGGCAGAUCUCGUGAAGCCACUGCCCCUGGCCGUCUUGCGCGUGACGGCAGUCCGCGCGAAGGACAUCACAGCCAAAGACUGGCACCUGCUGGGCAAAGCCAGCAGCGAUGCCUAUGUGAGGGUCGCCUUGGCCAGCGACUCCUGGAACUCGUCUGUGCAGAAGCGAACCUGCAAUCCGGUUUGGGGUGAGUCGGACUUCCACGACUUCAUGGUCUUCGAUCGGGAUCAACGUCUCUGCAUCGAGGUCUACGAUAGUGACUACCUCACCAACUCGGACCUCAUCGGCAAACCGAAGUGGCCAAUCAAGGCUUGUGAGGCAGUUCGGAAUUCCAGCCUGCCGCUGCCCCUCGUCGAUCCGAAGUCGCCGGAGGAGAAGUGCUGUGGAACGCUGGAGAUGAAGUUUGAGUGGCUGCAGCUGUCUGCGUGGGAUGCCACGGCAGCCAAGGCCAAGGGAACUUUGGUAAAGCUGGGCGUCAACCGGAUGACCUUCCCACCGUCCUUCGGCAAGUCGGCCGCGGUCUUGGUCAAGCUGGGAGAGCAGGAGCGGACGUCCAAGGUUCACAGGAUCAAAGAGCCCUCGCCUGAUGUGGUCUCCGUAGCUGGUGCUCUGGCGCGAGUCGCCAGGCGGUGCAAGGCACAGGGCCUGAAGAUGGAAGCGAUCCAGGAGAUCACGGGCUUGAGCAAGGAAGAGGUGAACGCUGCACUCGCAGACUCAGACAAGAAGGAGGGUACUGCAGCCGCCUUGCGACCUGAGAUCCGGAUGGACGUAGUGUUCUACUUCUCCGUUUAUGAAGAUGAUGCGAAGAAGCUUGACUUCACCGUGACUGCGCUGGAUGAAAAGAUGAAACCCUACGCAACAGUCGCGUCAUCGGUGGGCGAUGCUGCGGCUGCAAUUGAUGCCACGCCCACGAUGCGAACAUUGAAGCUCAAUGAAGGUGAAGGUUCGGUACAGGCUGAACUCGAAGUGUGCCUCUUCGCAAUCGGCUGA